AUGGGGCCACAGCGGCCACGGCCGGGGCUCGCCGCGCCGGGGAUGGUUUUACGCGCCCCAUUUGUUACGAGUUACGAGACAGCGCCACACGUGAGCCGCGCCCUUCACUCGAUCACUAAUAAUACUAAUAAACUGGACUUAGCACGUUGCACAUCCGACCUGGCACGAUCGCGUGCUGCAAUUAAUAACUCGGCCCGAAGCAACGCGCCUCGGGAAUAUCCAUAUGUACCUACAUGCUAUGUGAACGUCGGUCAUCCAUGUCAGACGAAAGAGUUAUACUAA